GAGUUCAAAUUUCAUUUGGGAAUGACAUUGUUUCUAGUGUGGAUGUUGGUUAUUUACUUAUGAUAGAAGAUAAAAUAAAGAAUAAAUGAUAGAAAUAUGAAUAAAUUUUUAUGGAAAAUUUCCCAUGCAAGUGAUUCUAUAUCGUAAUUUUAUAUUGUUAUAUAUCUAGAAAAGAAAAAUUCUACAGUUCUUAUCACACUGUUAAGAAAAGAAAUAACACAGAAUAAAUAUGAAUUUGAAAGUUUGCCCUCCCGCUCGUUAUGUCCUGGCAUUAUUUUUAUUUUUGACCUAUACAUUGUUAUACUGCCAAAGAUCUAUACUAAGUGUUUCCAUUCUAGCCAUGGUCAAUCACACGGCUAUUUUUAACAUGCAAAAUGAAACAACGUCCGACGAAUGUCCAAACCAAACUCAUUCAAAUAUUACCAUCGGUUACGAAGAGGGUUCCUAUAUCUGGACACAGUCAACCCAAGGAAUAAUUCUAGGAAGUUAUUUCUAUGGCAGCGUGUUUGCACAACUGUUGGGUGGUUCCACUACGUUUUUAUUAGGACCGAAGAAAGUAUUCGUAAUUUCCACGUUUGUAUCAUCAGUAUUCGUUCUUCUGACACCUUUCACUGCAGAUAUUGGUGUUAUAGUCAUAUCGUUAUUUCAAAUAAUCGUCGGAUUAGCGCAAGGUAUCUCCUUUCAUGCCUCUUUCUCUCUCCUGGCUAGAUGGAGUCCGGUAAGCGAAAAGACCACGUUAUCAUCAUUAUCUUACAGUGGUAUCCAAGUAGGUAAUAUUGUUGGUUUAAUCGCGACAGGAUAUCUUUGCCAUUAUGCAGGAUGGCCUUCAAGUUUCUAUACUUUUGGAGCCUGUGGACUUGUACUUUCCUUGUGUUUACUGUUUGUGAUUUACGAUAGACCGCAAAACCAUCCCAGGAUAUCUAAUAAAGAACUAAUAUUUUUAAAUGAAAAUGUGGCUAAUGUAGCUUCAGAAGACUGUAAAUUGAGCAUACCAUGGAAAGAUAUAUUAACUUCAAGAGCCGUGUGGACUGUAGCAUUCACAAAAGUAUGUUGGGGAUUUGGUUAUUAUACAAUAUUGACUAAACUUCCGUCAUAUUUACAAAUAAUUCUUCAUUUUCCUAUUCAUGAGAAUGGUGUAAUGAAUGCAUUGGUAUACGCCUUGGAUGUUGUAACAAUUAUACUUUCUGGUUUUAUGGCAGACUUUGUAAGAAGACGUGGAUGGUUAAGUAUAACUAACAUCAGAAAAUUAGCUGAAGCACUUGGUACAAUUGGCCCGGGACUUUGCAUCUUAUCGAUUCCUUUCAUCGGUUGCAAUAGCAUUAACGUAAUCUUGUGUUUAGCUUUUUCUAUGGGAUUCUUUGGUUUUUGUAUGGCAGGAGAUGUUGCAAUUGUGCUCGAUUUGGCUCCCGAUUUUUCAGGUAUCCUCUUUGGAUUAACCAAUGGUUUGUCCAGUAUCACUGGAAUCAUCUCGCCCUAUGUUGCUGGACUCAUCUUAGACAAAGACCAAGGAGAUAUAGUUCAAUGGAGCUACGUAUUCUAUUUGGCAUCUUCGUUUUAUUGUUUGAGUGCUUUUGUAUUUCUUAUAGCAGCAACUGCAGAGCUACAACCUUGGGCAAUCACGCAAUCAAUCGAAAAGAAAGAAACUAAACUUGAACUAUAAGCAACAGUGAAAAAUUUAAAGAUUUACAUGUAUUAGCUAGAUUUUAAAUGCUUUCGGUAUAUUAGUAUACAUGUUACUAUGAGAUAGUGUAUAUAUCAAGACAAACUUUCUUUCUAUGUGAAUG